GUAUGUUAGCGAUCCGAUCAUAAAAAACAUAAACAUUCUUCCAUCUUUCUGCUCCGAUUGAGUAGAAAAACGAUCACGGAGAUGGCGAAAGCAAGCUCUAUUCUACUUGGAACACUCCUGCUUUUCGCAGCCCUAGCUUUUAUCCAGGCAAAGGAAGAUCUGAAGGAAAUCACUCACAAGGUUUACUUCGAUGUAGAGAUUGAAGGGAAAGAUGCUGGUCGAGUUGUUAUAGGCUUAUUUGGCAAGACAGUUCCAAAAACUGCAGAAAACUUCAGAGCUCUGUGCACAGGGGAGAAAGGUGUUGGGAAGAGCGGGAAACCUCUACACUACAAGGGAAGCAAAUUCCAUAGAAUCAUCCCAAGCUUUAUGAUCCAGGGAGGUGACUUCACGCACGGAAACGGUAUGGGUGGAGAAUCAAUUUAUGGUCAGAAGUUUGCAGAUGAGAACUUCAAGCUGAAGCACACCGGGCCAGGUUUGCUUUCGAUGGCAAACUCUGGAGAAGACACAAACGGUUCACAGUUUUUUAUCACGACCGUGAAAACAAGCUGGUUAGAUGGAAGACAUGUGGUGUUUGGGAAAGUGGUUCAAGGAAUGGAUGUUGUGUACAAGAUUGAGGCUGAGGGAAAGCAAAGCGGAACUCCCAAGAGCAAAGUCGUUAUCGCAGACAGUGGAGAGCUUCCUCUCUAAACCCCUAAGCAUUUCUUCUUCAUGAUUGAUAUUUAGGUUCUUGAGUUGUUCUAUACUAUAAACACGGCCCAAAUGCAAUCACAGGAACAAAAUCACUUCAGUUUCAGAGAUUUUUCGUUUUCUUUAAAUAAUAGACGUUGUGACUUUUGAGAGUGUCUUUGAUGUGAGACUUGUCUUUUCUUCUCCACUUUUGGUGGCAAUUUGCAAAUCUAGCAAAA